AUGAAUACAUGGACUUAUAAACACGGCGCAAUUUCAGUUUGGUCCUGGCUUGAAAAUAAACACCCUAAUGAUUUCUUUAAAAAUAAUAUUCUCUAUAAUUUUGGAGACGAUAAUAUAUGGGCUGUUAAAUUUGAAAACAAACAUUCAGAACAAGAAAUAAUCAAUGCUUUUGCUCGUUUCGGCAUUGAUUUAGAAAUAUCUUGGAAACCCAGAAUCACCGAUUUAGAAUAUCUUUGGCAUUAUUUUCGGUUAACUCGUGAAUUUCCACAAUUAAAACCAGCACCACGCCUUCUUGUUGUUCAUAACGAUAAACAAACGUUUAUGUGUAGGUCUAACUUAAGAAUUGCUAAAGAAUAUAUUGAAGAAUGUCACAUUUUAGCUAAGGUAUACCGGGUUCAUAAGUUCCAGGUAUAUUUGGCGCCAACUAUUAUUAGAGGUCAACCCAUUCCUCUUAAUGAAAAUCUUCGUCCAAAAGUUCAAGAAUUUUAUAAUCUCAUUAAGAAUACAUCGAAAAUUUUACCUAUUAACAGCCUGAACCAAGGAGACACUAUUGAAACUGUUUCUGAUUUAAAUUCAUUAUUAAACCAAGGACCAUUUGGAUCGCUGACUGACGCUAGCACUUUCAUGUAUAAUUACUGGGACGAUGCUUAUGAUGAAGAGUUCGAGCAUGCAGCUUAUGUAUGCGAAGCUAUAGGUAAUUUUAUUCGUCACAAUCAACAAAUGAAAGAAAUCCACAAGACAAUCAAAAAUCUAAAAGCAACAUCACUUCUUGGAUUCAAGAAUUUGAAUACCAAG